AUGCCAUGUCGACGAUGCCAAGCCCUGAAAUUAGAAUGCGGGUUCGCCACAAACAAAGUAAAAGACACAAAAGAACCCAAAGUAGAGGAGGGCGAUGUUCUUUCAGGGUUGUUUGAUGCUCAGCCGAGCGCUCCGCCACCCAAGAAUGUCGUGGACGUUCAUCGUCAAAUAUUUGAGACAAAGUUCGAUAUCUCCGGACAACAAUCAUCUAGAACCUUGUUAGAUGAUAUACCUGAUGACACGACGUUACGACCCCCGGUGCUUGACCAAAAGAAGGCUGAUCAGCUUCUAAGCAAGUUCCGAGCCAAGAGCUCCUAUUUCCCUUUUGUAACUCUCCCGGGUAACAUAGCCUCCGCGCAGCAUCGCUUUUUGUAUCUUGCUGUGCUUACUGCGGCAUCCUCGGAUGACAUGUAUCUGCUGAGGAGCCUCGAUAACAGGUUUCGGUCUGUCUUGGCUGAUCGAGUUGUGAACGCUGGGGAGAAAAGUCUGGACUAUCUGCAAGGAUUGCUUGUCUACAUUGCAUGGUACAACUUGCAUCUACGUCCACGAAGCUUUCAGUCCUACCAGUAUCUCCAAAUUGCUAUCAGUAUGGUGGAGGACUUAGGGCUCGAUGAUGGGAAUAUUACACAUACAGAAGUCGACCGCUCAUCAGCACUAAGUGGCAGCGAAGCUCUGAAUGCCUGUCUUGGGUGUUAUUACCUUUCCUCCGUCAUAGCAACAGGAAGCAAACGAGACAACAGGGUGACCCUUUCUUCCAACCUAAUAAGCUAUCUGCUUCGAUUAUCCCAGGGAGAGUGCCCCCGUGGUACAAUGAUAUACUCUUGCAUUCGGCUUCAGAUGGCAAUAGAAGCAGCAUAUAAAGGCGCUGAGAAGCCAGAUCGCUUGUGGCCAGCAGACAGUCGGCUUACGUCAGAUCCCUCCUUGAAUAUCCCUUCGAUUAAUAUCGCACGGCUUACUCUUUCCUUACUGGAGGAAGCAAGCAUACACCGUCUGGAGCCGACGCUCCUAGAAUUCGAUCUUCCCAAAUUUCAGUCCAUUAUGCGCAAAGCAAGAGCCUUCUUGGACUACUUCAUAUCUGUCCCUACGUCGAAUUAUCACCGCUUUUCAUUUACCGAAUGGGACCGCUUAAUUGCAGCUAUUCGUGUUUCAACAGAAAUUCUGUCAGCUGCAGCUGGUUUACCAGGCAUUGUUGCGGCAGUUGGAGAAGAGUCCCAGACCCUAACCAGAUACCUGGAGUGCUUGGCAAAUCGGAUGGAGAAGGUUUCGCAAUCUGGUCGGAAUCCCGGCGAAUUUCCUGAUAUAUUCUAUUUGUUCAAGUCUGUUUUGGACUUACUCUGCCCUCUUCCUCUCGCUGCAACUUACGACCAAGGCAUGGCAUUAGCUGUCAAUUAUGAACCGCGCCGCAGCAUGCAACGAUGUCCGGUUCUGUCUAGUAUUCAAGAGACAGAGUUCUGGGAUGCAUAUCAGACCUGUGUUCCUGCUGAUGACAUAGACAUUGAUCUUGAGACGUUGUUCACUAAUGAAUAUCUAUCAGGACUAUCAUCCGAGGAAUGGGUGGGCGCUCCUGGGAACAUCAGCUACACAUGA